AUGCUGAGUUUUGUACAUCACACAUUUAGAUUUGUGAAGAGAACAGCAUUGAAAUUUUUAGCUGACCAAGUUCCCGAACGUUCCCUCGAGCCACAAAUUUUACGCAUUUUGAAAUUGCUCAGCACUUAUGUUAUUUAUUUGGCGUGUUUUGGAUAUCUUAUUUAUCUUGCGUUAGGGAUUCAACAUGAAAAUCCAAAUGUUGAAAUAAAGACAGUAGAGGCCCAAAAUAUUCCUGCUCCAUUAUUUAAUAUUUCAUCACCUUUUAACUUUACGAUGCACUGCGAGUUUUACAAUAAACUUGGCCAAAUUGUAGCGCACAAUGGAUCCGAAUGUUCCCAAUUCUUGCAACAGGCACAGAGAGAUAAUCAAACACUACAUUACAUUGGAUACUGGAACAAUCCAAGUAUAGAAAUGAACGAUACUGGAAUAUUCACCAUCUCUCUAAAGGUAUUUGUAGAUCGUUUGGAUUUAAGAUCUGCCAAGCUAGAUGAAAGAGGACCUGCAAUUUACAGUUCAAUGCUGAUUUCGUUUUCAGAUGCCGAAACCGAACAGAUCAAUUUCGAGCCUGCUAAAGCAGAAUCGGUUGAAGCGAAAAGAGAAGCAAUUAAGUUGGGAAACACUUAUAUUUUAUCACCAAAGAAUCAAUAUCUUUUAUGGUUUUGGCGACUUCAAAAGAAAGAUCUUGACGUGAGUGAGUGGGGAAACAGAGUUGGUUUCGAAACUAAAACGAAUGACUAUUACAUGAUUGAAACACUAAUGCAGAAUGCUGAUCCUAUAAAUAUAUCAAAUUUUUCUCCGUUUGCGAGUGUUGAUAUCCUAUAUCAAACACGCAUCAUUGAAAUAGAUGGACAGACCAAACAAAACACAGUUCUAUCUUUACUAAGCGGCAUUGGAGGUGCAUAUGGUCUUUUUAUAGCUGUGUAUUGCUUUUGCUUUGGUGCACAGCAAAUAGGUCCAUGGGGAUGGAUUUAUGAAUGUUACGGUGUUCGUAGGAGACUCAAGAAUAGAAUUAACGAAAAAUUCAAACAUCAUUUUCCACUUGUAGAAAUAAAAUAUCCGGACGAGAAAAACAAUGAAGAUAUCACGCAAGAAAACAUCCAUCGACGAUUAAAUGAUUUGGAGUGGCAAAAUGCGUUACUUCAGUUAAUGAUUAGAGAGUAUGUAGUUGAUAUUGGAAACCUUGAAGAUUUAAAAAGGAUUCCAACUAGAAAUAGCACAGGAGUAUAG